CACAACUCUUAGCAUAAAUCGAACGCUCGAGACCGACCGAUGAUGAGCACUAAAGCUACACCCAUGAAUUGAGGAAGGAACACAAGAAGGAUUUGCAAAUCUUUCCAGGGGCAAGCGAUACUUCUUUCACAAUGCUCAUUCUCUCAAGGGCAAGCUAUAAACCCCUAUAUUGCGGAAGAACCCUAAAACAGGUCGCUUAGGGUAGCGCGAUCGAAAGCGAUAGAAACAGGAAUGUGGCACAGCCAAGAGGUAAGCGGCCGGUAUUCGAUGCCAAGGAAGCUCUCAGAAACUAUGAGAAAGCACGACAAGGUAAGCUAAGGCCAAGCGUGUCCAUCCUCGUCGCUGCUCUCAAGGCCUGCGCCGUAUCCAGGGAUUUACAAGCCGGAAAGAAGAUCCAUGCCGAGCUUCAAGGCGAUCAAAACGCCGGAGAAGAAAGUUCUCAGAGUUCUAGAGAUUUACCAGCGGAGAAAAAUAUCUCUUCCUUUUGGAGCUGCAAGAACCGCGAUGCCGCAGCCAGCAUUUGCGUAUCAAACAGCCUGGUGGAUAUGUACUCCAAGUGUGGAAGCUUGGUGGAGGCCAGGAAGAUCUUCGAGAGCAUGGUCCAUCGCAGCUUGGUCUCUUGGAACUCGAUCAUCAUGGGGUGUGUUGUUAACGGGGAAAGCUCGCAAGCUUUGGAUCUCUUCGCGCGCUUGCGAGAGGAGAAGAUCUUGUCGGCGGACUCUCGGACUUUCGUGGCGGCUCUCAAAGCCUGCUCGAGCUUGGCAGCUCAAGAACAGGGAUUCAAGAUCGAUGGACUUGGAGUUCUCGUCAAGGUUUCAAGCUUGGAUCGAGGAAGAGUUUUGCAUGAAGAGAUCACCAAGGCCGGGCUCGAGAGACACACUUUCGUCGCCAGCUCGCUCGUGGAUAUGUACAUCAAGUGUGGAAGCAUUGGCGAGGCCACGAAAGUUUUCGAGAAGAUGGAUAGCUCUCGAGACGAGGUGGUGUGGAACUCGAUGAUCCUGGGACUGGCGCAGAGCGGGCAGGGUGGAAGUGGGUUGGAGCUGUUUGAUCGCAUGCAAGAGGAGGGAUUCAUGCCGAGCUCACGGACUUUCGUCGCUGCUAUCAAGGCUUGCUCCAGCUUGAGUGAUCGUCGUGUGGAUUCUGUGAAGAAAAUCCAGGCUCAAGCGCGAAGAAGUGGCUGCGAGCUCGACUUGUUCGUCGGAAACUCGUUGCUUGACGCGUACGCGAAGUGUGGAUCGGUCCAAGAAGCUCGCGAGAUCUUCAAGAGGAUGGAAGUGAAGGACGAGGUGACUUGGAACUCGAUCAUCCAGGGGUUUGCAUCGAGCGGACAAGCAGCGCUGGCCCUCGAGAUCUUCUCUCGGAUGGAAAAAGAAGGAUCUAUCAAGCCAACUUCGCGAACUUAUGCCGGGGCCUUCACAGCUUGCUCGAGUUUGGAGGACGAUCAACGAGGACUGGAGGUUUACUCGCAGUUCCAGAGAGCUGCGAUCGAUCUGGACGCUUGCGUCGCGAGAGCUCUGAUAGAGAUGCUGGCCAAGUUUGGAAGAACAGUGGAAGCUCGCAGGAUCUUUGAGUCCGCCAUCGGGUCCUGCCGCGACGCAGCGAUUUGGAGCUCCAUGAUCAUCGGAUACUCGCAGUGCUGCGAGGGAGAGCUCGUGUUCCAGCUCCUCGUUCGCAUGAUCGACAAAGGCAUCGAUCCACAGCCUCCAGCUCUGAUCGCUGCUUUGAAUUGCUUCGCCAACGUCGCUGGGAAAGAAAGAGAGGCAGGUGGCGGCAAGAAAAUACCAUGGCUGGAGCGAGGGAGAGUUCUUCACAGCUUUGCUCGAGCAACGGCGAUGGAUAUGAACUUGGAGAACAGCCUCGUCAACUUUUACGCCAAGUGUGGAAGCAUGGAAGAAGCGAGCGUGGUUUUCCACGGGAUGAUCCGUCGCGACGUCGUCUCGUGGACUUCCAUGAUCUUGGGACACAUCCACAGGAAAGACGCGGAGAAAGCUCUGGAACUUUUCCAAGAGAUGGAAAACGAUGGUGGCCUUCUUCUCGACGCUCGAGCUUACGCCGCCGCUGUCACUGCUUGCUCAAGCCUCGCAAGAGAGGUCGAUCGAAGAAAACUUGCUUUGGAGCGAGGCUCGCGGAUUCACUCGCGAGCCAGGCAGCGAGGCGUCGACUCGGACGUGUUCUUGGAGAACACUCUGGUGGAUUUCUACGCAAAGUGUGGAACCAUGGUUGCUGCUCGGGGAGUUUUCGAGGAGAUUAGAGCCCGCAACGUCGUCUCCUGGAACGCUCUCAUCAUGGGAUACGCUCUAAACGGCCAUGGCGAAGAAGCUCUGGAUCUUUACGCUGGAAUGCUGAGAGAAAAGCUGGAGCCGGAUGCCGUGACUUUGAUCGCUGCGAUCAAAGCUUGCGUGUCCCUGGGAUCGUCGUCGAGAGAGGCUCGUUGGCUUGAACAGGGAAGGAUAUUUCACGGGAAAGUCUUGAGGAGUGAUGGUUUUCAGCUGAAAGCGUCGGUUACAAAUACGCUGCUCGACAUGUACGCGAAGUUCGCGAGGAUCCUUUCGGCGUGGCAGCUCUUCGACAGCAUCCCGCAGCAAACCAUCGUCUCCUGGAACUCGAUCAUCAUGGGAAGCUCGCAGUGCGGCCAGCCGGAGCGAGCUCUCGGCCUCUUCCAGCAGAUGAAGCUCGAGGGGUUCGUUCCGGACUCGAGAACUUUCAUCGCGGCUUUCACCGCUUGCGGCGUCCUUGGAGAGCAGGAAAGAAACAAGAUCGACGAUCAUCCAGGCGAGCGAACUAAAACUUUCUCAAUUGAAGAAGAGUUCUCCAACUUCUCGGGGAGAGCUUUUCUCUCGACAGGAGUUUCUCUUCACAGCGAACUCGAGGAAACGCUCGGCCGGGAAGUCGAGGAGGAUGUUUUCGUGGGAAGCGCUCUCGUGGACAUGUAUGCUAAGUGUGGUAGCAUGGCUCUCGCGAGGCAAGCUUUCGAGAGAAUGGCGAUCAAGGACGUGGUUUCUUGGACGACGCUGAUAAUGGGAUACUCGCAAGCACAGGAUGGUGAGCAAGCGCUCAAGCUCUUCGCGGCAAUGCGGCAGGAAGGAUUCACUCCCGACUCUAGGACAUACAUUGCUGCUCUAAACGCUUGCUCGAACCUCGCAGCUAUGGAGACCGGGACGAGAGUAUCUCUUUCAGAUCCUCCAGCUCUGCUCGUCAAGAAGAAUGCGCUGAGUAGAGGCCUGGAAAUCCACUCGCAGCUCGAGGAAGAUCACAAGAACUUGGAUACUUAUCUCGGGAACACGCUGGUGGACAUGUACGCAAAGUGUGGAUUCAUGCCUGGAUCCCAGCGAGCCUUUGAUAGAAUGCUCCAGCGGGACGUAGUUUCAUGGAGCGCUCUCAUACUCGGCUACGCACUAACCGAUCAAUCCUCGCGAGCUCUCGGACUCUUCGCGUUGAUGCAACAAGAACACCACGUCGAUCAGUGUCGUCCAAACUCGGCCACUUUCGUAGCAGCGCUCAAGGCUUGCGUCUCCUCGUCCAACUUGGAAAUAGGACAAUGUAUCCAUCGCCAAGUUCUCGAUUCCUCCGGAUCAUUGCUAGAACACCAGGUGGCAAACUCGCUCAUCGAUCUCUAUGGAAAGUGUGGAGCCAUGCACGAAGCCAAGCAAGUUUUCGACUCCAUGAAAACCAAGGAGGUGGUGGCUUGGAACGCUUUGAUUGCUGGAUUUACUCGCCAGGGUGACGCUCCAAGCGUUUUUGGGCUCUUGGAAUCCAUGAAAAGGGAGCGAAUCCAACCGAGCGGUGUAACUUUCCUCCACGCUCUUGGGGUGUGCUGCCAUGCCGGGCUUGUGGAGGAGGCGAGGGAGAUCUUCCAGAGCAUGAGCUGUGACUAUGGAAUGGAGGCGCGGAUGGAGCAUUACACUUGCAUGGUAGAUUUGCUGGGGAGAGGCAACCAUCUCGAGGAGGCGUUUGCGAUGGUGGCGGGCAUGCCUUUCCAGCCCGACGCAAAGGUGUGGAUGACGUUCUUGGGGAAUUGUCACAAGUGGGGCAAUGUGGAGUUUGCCAAGGUUGCUUUUGAUUCUCUCAAGGAGAUGGAGGAUGAGGACUGUGCUGCCUACAUUUUGAUGGCCAAUCUUUAUACUUCGAGUGCAUUGAAUUUUGAAACUUAAAAAAAGAGAGGAUUUAUUUAUCAAUAUACUGUUAAUAAUUAUUGCAUCUUUCAUUUUGCAAA